AUGAUGUAAGUCAGCAGAAAAGAAAUAACUGCAGGAAAGAAGAAACUUAAAGGGGUUCCAGAAAAUGCCUCCAAAGAAGAAAGACAACCCUGUCGCUGAAGUUGUAAAAGUUGGGAUAGACGUGGAUACAGAGUUUGACAGUGGCAGUGAAGACGAGGCCAGGAGGAGAAGCAGAAAAAGAAACGCUAAAGUGCAACGCAAAGCCAAACAGGUCGGUGAUGAUGAUGAUGAGGAGGAGGAAGACAAAACACCCCCAAAACGCCGAGGACAAAGGAGGAGGACCAAGCCCCAGGACAGCGAUGAAGAUGAUGAAGGAGACAAAAAAAGAGUGACGAGCAAAACAUCAAGAGCUGCCAGGAGGAAAGGUGGGAAGUCUUCCCGAAAGGAGGAAAGUGAGGAGGAGGAAGAUGAAGAAGAUGAAAGAGAGAGCAAGAAAAAAAGAGGAAAAGCUUCAUCUAAAAAGGAGAAAGAGGAGCAGAAUAAUGAGAAGAAGGGAAAAGCUGGCAGAAAAGAUGAAGAUAAGAAGGACAAGAAGAAGAAUUCAAAGAGCAGUUCUUCUUCUGAUGAUGAUGAUGAUGACGAUGAAGAGUCGAUGUCAGAGGGUGAGCUUGAAGCUCUGAAGGAGCAGGUGGAGGAGAAGAAGAAACUAAUUGCCACCAUAAGAAACAAACCCUGGCGCAUGAAGAAGAGACUCCUGGUGCUCAAGGAGGCCCAGGAGUUUAUUGAAAGGUUUGAAGGAGCUCUUGGAAAAGGAAAAGGCCGGAGGCUCUAUGCAUUCAAAGUCAUGAUGACUAAGGAAUCUAUUGUGGACGAACAAGAAAACCAGAAAGAUGAAAACAUCCAUCUCAGACGUUUCCUCAGGGUUUUGGCAAACUUUAUGAUCCUUUGCUGCCUCGGUGGCAGUGGCUAUCUCAUCUACUAUGCAGUAAAACAGUCUCAAGAGUUUGCUAAACUGGAUCCACAAACACUGACCUGGUUUCAAAGCAAUGAGGUGGAUUUUGUCAUGUCUCUGCUGGGACUUGUGUGUCCUCCUCUGUUUGAGGCCAUCGCAGAGCUGGAGGAUUAUCAUCCUCGUAUUGCCCUGAAGUGGCAGCUGUUACGAAUAUUUGCCCUCUUCCUUGGAAAUUUGUACACCUUUCUGUUUGCCCUCUUUGAUCAGGUCAAUGAAAAGCUGGAGGAAGAAAAAACAAUAAAGAAUGCCACAGAGUGGGCUUUGAGUGAGUACUAUGCCAACUACAGCUCCUUCUACAACACAACAGAUGUGCCUCCUCUAGUGAUUGACCCAGCUGAUGUAAUCAGAGGACCCUGCUGGGAGACUGCAGUUGGACGAGAGUUUGUGAAGUUAACUAUGUCAGAUAUCCAAGUGACAUAUUUGACUAUUCUAGUCGGUGACUUUGCCCGAGCUGUAAUCGUUCGCUUCCUCAACUACUGCUGGUGCUGGGACCUGGAGGCUGGCUUUCCUUCCUAUGGAGAGUUUGACAUCAGUGGAAAUGUGUUGGGCCUCAUCUUCAACCAAGGAAUGAUCUGGAUGGGAGCCUUUUAUGCUCCAGGUCUGGUGGGUAUUAACGUACUGCGUCUCCUGAGCUCCAUGUACUAUCAGUGCUGGGCAGUGAUGGCCUGUAACGUCCCUCAUGAGAGAGUUUUCAAGGCCUCGCGGUCCAACAACUUCUACAUCGGUCUGCUGCUGCUUAUCCUGUUUCUCAGCGUGUUUCCUGUCAUCUACAGCAUGAUGUCCCUGUCCCCGUCCUUUGACUGUGGACCAUUCAGUGGCAAAGCAUAUAUGUACGAUGUGGUUAUAGAGGCAAUAAACCAGGAUCUACCAGCUUUCAUGGGGACAGUUUUAUCGUAUGCGAGCAACCCUGGACUCAUCAUGUCUGUGGUCCUCCUCAUGAUCUUAGCCAUAUAUUAUCUGAACACUGUGUCAAAGGGAUACCAACAGGCCAAUUUUGACCUUAAAAAGAAGAUGCAAAUGGCACGAGACGAUGAGAAAAACCGCAGAAACAAUAAAGACAGCACUAAUCAAGUGAUGAAGGACUUGGAGGAGCUGYUGCCAGACAAAUCUCUUAUGCCACCUCCUGCUAAGGAGGAACCACCUCCCGAGGUCGUAACAGAAAAGAGCAGCAAGUCGACCAAAACAAAGCCAGGUACAGCGGGGAAAGGUGUUAAUGUGCAGAAGGAGGUGUCACUGGCUGCCCCAAACCCCAGAAGACCUGUGACCCAGGCCCCGGGGCCAAGAGGGGGGCCUCCUGUAAACACCAGGGGGCCUCAAGCUGGGCCUGGCAGAGGCAGAGGUCAGGGUCCAGCUCCAAGAAGAUAAACUGAACACCUCAACACAAGUAACUACUGCACAACUAAAAAAGGAGGAGGCUUCACUGAAUUAUUUUAAGGUGGAAUUUAUAAUUUGUGAAUGUUUAGAAUUGUAAAUAAAUACAUUUGACUCAACUAAAGAAGCUUCCAAAAAGCUUUUGGUAAUGUUGUAAAGUGUUUUACGCACAGCAUGCAUCUAUCUGGAACCUUUAGUUGUUUUUCUCAUCCAGUAGACAGAAUCUGCGCCAGCUGUGAGCUGGGUAACAUUACGAGGUCAGAGGUCAAAGCUGGCUCCACAGAUCUGGACUGACUUUGAGCUGUUGAUUCAUUGUACAGAACGGGAAACAUAGGCUGAACAUGUAAAGCUUUAAUUGUAAACUGGGUCAACCUUCAGAAGCAAGUCUGAAGAACCGCAGGCUGAUACAAGAGAAUUGUUCACUUUGUCGUGGCAAAGAUAGUCAGAAACACGGCGAAAAGGGUAUUCCACAACACACUUCAUAAAUACAAAUACAUUUAAGUCCACCUAACUCAGACCCCUGUGUAAAAAAAUGUGACUGUUUUACAAUCAAGUAAAAAGUCAUUGUGCUUCAAUAACACUAAGAUUCUCAAAGUAUAUAUAAUUAAUUUGAAACUGAUGCACAUCCUACCUCUAUGGAGUGAGUACUCAUAAAAAAAACUUUACCAAUGCUUUUUUUUUUAAAAAAAAAAAACAUUUUCACUGAACCAAAGCUUCACAAACAGAACAUAUGUCUAAUCCUUUGCCAACUUACCUUCUUACCCUGAAAACUUAAGUGGCACCACAGCAGGAAAAAUGUAUUCUAUUAAAUAAAAUGUUAAAGGGGACAUAUCAUGUAAAAUCUAAUUUUUGACCCGUUAAAUGCAUGUUGUUUUGUAGGGGUGCAGAAAAGUUAAAUUUAGUCUCUCCAGGUGCUUACCAACUACAAUA